CAAAAGCAGCUGCCAGCUGUAAACAGUAAACAAACCGAACUGCCAAAUUGAUAGUUUCUUCUCAUAUUAAAAAGGUUUUACUAAGAAAUAGGACAAAUGUAUUUUUUUAGAAAUUAAACGCUUACAAAGAUGAAUUUAAAUAUUGAAACAAUUUUCGAUUUUUACACACAUAAAAACAAAAAAAUAUUGUGUCAAAUAAAAGUGACACCUUCGACAAACCUUAAAUUAAAUAAAACCUGUAGAUGUUUUAGCCAAAAACAAUGGAAUACUUUCGAUAAAGAACUGGAGAAACUUAUUAUCACAAACGAUGACUGGAACGAUGAGAAGUGCCUUAAAUUUAAGUUAAAUUCCUGCAUUGAGGUUAAGGUGCAAAAAUCAAAAUUAACAAUUAAAGAUUUUUACAAAUGUUUGGGAGCGAUUGAAGAUUUUGAGAAAGAAUUUACGGAUGGUCUAGAAGAGACUUACAUUUUGGAGUGUCUGAUUGAUUUUCAGCUUGAAGUUCCACUUGACACAUCACUCGAGUCAGAAGAAUACGAACCACAAAUUGAAACUACACCAGAAAAAUUAAGCAGCCCUUUGUCAUACGAACCAUAUACACCAUCUAAGAAAAAAUAUCGGGCAGAUAAUAUUGAUACAAUUAAAACACAAAGAAUCGAUUUACUUGAAUGUCAUGAGGAUACAUACUCGCCAAAACCCAUCUUUCCAAUUGUGGGAGGUGAAGCAUUAUUAAUUGAUAAAAUACCAAAAUAUACGCCAGCACCUAUAAAAAAAUCCCCCACUUCAACUGAAUUGAAGAAAUCUCAAGAUCUUCUAGAUAAAAUUAUCGUUGAAACGGGAGAGAAAAUCGAAUCUUUACGAUCAAAAUUGAAGAAGAAAUCAAAAAAAGCUGAAUGUGAAUACAUACCGAAGAGUCAAGAGUAUGCUGUAGUCGAUGUUCCAGUUUAUAUACCAACACCUAUAGGAGAGACUGCACAACGAACAAGUUUCAAAAGCGAAUAUAACAUUAAGAAACAUAGAAAAAGAUCCAAGACAAUAGAUGAGUUUCCAGGACUUCAACUUGAUAAAAACACCAACGAAAAACAUAAAACAAUAAAUGAAUACAUUAACAGCAACAAAACACGUUAUCAUUAUGAAGAAAAAAAUUUUAAAAAGCGUUCGAAGACUAUUGAUGAAAUGCCUGCUGGAUUUGCUGUUAAUAGCGAAAAGAUUAAAAACUUGUCAGAGAUUACUAACUCAAAGGAGCAGAAAACUACUUUAAAGCAAAAUAUUUAUAAGAUAAAAGAAAAAACCAAUAUGUUGGAAAAAAUACCUGAAACUACUGACUCUUCAACAUGUGAAAUCGAUAUCCCUGUUUAUGUUCCAACUGCCAUAGCAGAUAAUACUUGGCAGCCAAAAGUUAUUAAAAGCGAUCACCGCUCAAGAAAACAUAAAAAACGUUCCAAUACAAUAGAUGAAUUUCCAGGACAGCUACAUAAUGAACAUUGUAAGGAAAAUUCUAAAAACCAUGAUGUACAUACAAUUAGUAAGGAUAAACUUAAUCUUGAUGAAAGCAAACAUUUAAGAAAGCGUUCUAAAACUAUUGAUGAAAUGCCAAAUGGAUUAUAUGCAAAUAACGAAAAUCAAGUAUCAAAGAACCUGCUGGAAGAAAAGAAAGGAAAUUCUACAGAUAAAACUACUCCAGACAAAGCAAGAGAAAGUAAACGCUAUACAAAUAAAACUUCUCCAAUAACAAAUAAAACUCCGCAAAAAGCCAAGAAUGAAAGGACAACAGAAAGAAGUACAAUAAAAACCUCUCCACCUUGUAAAGAUGAAGAACUAAGACCUAAUAAAACUUCUAAAAAGUCUUCAAAAAUAUUUACAGAAGAAAAUGCUGAUAAAUUUGAAAGCAGCGUUAAAAUAGCUAAAACUGCAAGUGAUGUAUCUGUCACGGAAGAUACGACACCAACAAAAGUGUUGAAAAGAGAAAGAAAACAAGAAAACAGCCCUGACAUUAGAAAAUCUUUAAGGCGUUCCGAGCGACCACCUAGCAAGCCAAUAAGAUUAUUAGAAGAACAACAAAGUCUAUUAAAAAGCAAUAAGUCUAAAAAACAGAAAACUUCACCUAAAAACAAAGAGCUUUUUGGCACUGACGACGAAGAUGACGAUGAUCAUUUCGAAAACAAUAGUUGUUCGCGUACCUGAUAAUGUAUAAUAAAAUUUAUUAAAGUUUUUUACUUUAAAAAGUUAUAUAUAGAAAAUAAGAGAAAUAUUGGCAGAUUAUAUAAAUCCUUUAUGUUUUUCGAUAUAAAUUUUAUACAGCAAAAACUUAAUUUGUAUUUAUAUCCACAUGUGCACUGAAAAUAAUCCAUGCCUAAUCUAUACGAAAAAUGUCGUACAUUAUAGGAAUCUUUCGUUGUUUCGCAUCACGAAAUUGUUUCGUAAUAUAUACGAAAUUGUACGAAAUAUUUUAGUAUAACGCAAAAUAAUCUUAGAAAAAUUAAUUUACAUAAAUUGUAAAAUGUAAAUUUUGAAUAAAUGUAAAAUUUACGAAAUGCUAAU